AUGGAUGCCAGGUCGCAGCAUCUGCUUGGUGCUGCAGGCCCAUGGAUUCGUGGGUCUCGAGAAACGGGGGACUGGGAGGCGGCGCGGGACUUCACUGUCGAGGACGCCAACACAGUCUGCGAGCUUGUGCAUCGAAAUGAAUCCUUGGUCGUUGAGAAACGGAGAUAUCUGCUGUCAGUGCUUCAAGGACAAGAUGGACGCGUCAAGCGUGUGAAGAGACCUGAGUUCAUGGAAGAAUUAUUCAUGGCUGAAUCAGAUGUCAGGGGGGAUGAGAAUAGGAAUAGUUUUGAGAAGACUAGGCCAAGAAUGAAAAAACUUGUAAAGAAUAACCUCCCAGCUUACUUAGCUGAUAUGGAUAAUGAAAAUAACAGCUAUCAUCAGCUGUCCCAGAUCUUAACUAAUCCAUCAAGUUAUCUAUCUGACUGCAUGAGCCUUGCAACACCAGUUAAGCCAAGACUGCUUUCAUCAUUGGUCCAAGCUUUAGAUGAACUGGAUGCAUUGCCAUUGCAAGCUCUUGUUGCAAUGAAGAGGAAGCUCAAAGGAAAAUCACGUUCCCCAAGGUUUGAGCUAGAAUGUCAAGCUUCUACAAGGCAAGAAUUUUUUGAAAAGAAUGAUGUAAUGAAUGCUCUAUGGUCGCUAGAAAAGAUGAGACAUGAUACACUGAAACUGCUGCAUCCCAUGUUAUGUUAUGGCUCUAAGGAAAAGAGAGAGCACACGAAGUUUAGGAUAACUGUGAGAAAGUAUCUGUUAGAAUGUUUGUUUGAGUGCGAUGAAGGUAAUUUACCAGAGAAAGCACUGCAAGUCAUUGCUUUUUUUGAUCGGAUGUCUCGACAUCAACAUAUGCUCACAGAAGAGAAAAAGGAAGUAGAGGUAGAGUCUGUCUUGAAUUUGAGCAGCAAUCUCAGAGCUAUAGGAUGUUAUGAUGUAGCUGGAGACCCAAUCAAUGAUCAGUUAAUGAACUCAGGGAGUGCAUGCAUAAGUGAUGAUCAACUUAUAAACUUAGACCACCAUGACCUCAGCGAGGACAAUGACUUUGUACUCACAGAGACCAAUUACUUCGAUUUUUGUCCCCAGCAAAAUAUUGAUGAACCAUGCAGUUCCAAUAGCUUGCACAACACUGCUGUUGUGAGUUCUAGGCAUUCUAGAGACACAGAAGCGGCUGUUAGCAUGAUGGAUUCUCAUUUGAAUAAGGCUGUUGCUAGUGUGGAAACAGCAAGUUGUUCUAAAGAUCUCCAUGAGCUUUGUGAUGAGACUGCAGUGAUGGCCCACAAGCUUAUUGGACAGAUUAUAGAAAGUUCGUUGCGUGCAGAUACCAAGGAGGUUGAUGAAUGCACCAGAGGUUAUCUUCGAGGGGGUUCUGUUUCUCAAGGUCCUCAAGCUCCUGCAGUGGAGGAUACGCAAAGUGCUGACAUUAUGAUUAAUGCUGUCAAGACUUUGUUUCCUAAUUUAUCAGAAAGCUGCUUUGAAAAGGUCCGGAGGAUCCUCAAUGGUGGUGAGCAAUGA